AGCUUUAGUCAAAAAUGUCUCAACCUAUCGCGUCCAAGGCGCGUGUCAUAAAGAUCCUCAACCGGAUUGGAGCCCGUGGCAUUCUAACCGAAGUUCGGGUGCAGCUGGUCGAUCAACCCAAGAUGCAAUUCAUGCGCACAGUCAAAGGACCCGUGCGCCUGGGAGAUAUCGUGGAUUUCGAGGACACCGAGUUAAGCUGGCCAUCUUCGAGUAGGAGCAACAGCAACUUCGGAGAUGUUUGCUAAAAAUUUCCAAAGAUCUUUGGCACUAUGAAAUUAAAAUCGUGGUCAUCAUCGGUGUAUGCAAAGUAAAUGGAAUAAAUAAUUGGCAUA